AAUCCGAGACAAGUGCUAAAGGUGUGAAAUCUGAUCAUCAGUGAUCAGUUGUCAGUGGAGAAGAAUACCGGUGUUAACUGUUCUCGCAAGGCUGCUGCGUGCGGUUCACGUUGGAGGAAAAACAAACAGACAAGUGAAAACAACUGGUUGGGUUGUGUAAUCAAUCGUCCUUGGACGGACUGAAAGUGUCUCACGGAAAGUGAAAUUUAGAUUUGCUGGAGUUGAAUAAACAAAUAGAAGCAAUGAGCAUUGCCGCAUUCCUCAUAGUUGCACUGGUUGCAACUACCCAGGCUGAGCAGUUCAACGGAUACCAUUACCCGAAGCCUAGUUGCGAAUUCGGACCACCGCAAACCUUGUACCUUACCCGCACCCAAACUGACUACCAAACUCGCUACGAAACCGUCCAGGGCUCAAUCCAAUACGAUGAGCAAACCAUAACAGAAUACUCCUCGAUCUACAUCACCUCGGCGUACACGCAAACCGUUCCGGUCUAUGAAACCGUGACGAGAACUAAUACUUUCACUGUCACAGCUCCACCCCAACCUCCCCAAGUUCAGUAUAGUACCGUCACACUUCCACCGGUCGUCUCCACUUACACAUCAACCUACAUUCAAGCAACUCCCGUCUACCAGACCAUUCGAGAGUUCAGCACCGUUACCCUUCCUCCUCAAAUUCUACCGGCACAAACCUUCUACGAUACCGUAUCGCUUCCACCGGUUACUAGAACCUCAACAAUUGUCAGCACCGCUACCGUCCCGGUUGUUCAAACUGUGCGCGUUGUUGACACUGUCACUCUUCCUCCGGUUACCUUACCCCCACAGGUAGUUUACUCCACAGUGCAACUACCACCCCAAAUCCGCACUUCAACACAAUAUAUCACCACGACCCAACCCAUCGUUCAGACCGUCCGUGACACAGUCACCCUUCCUGCGGUCACUCUUCCUGGACAAACUUACUACAACACCGUCACCCUGCCGCCAGCAACCAUCGUCUCCACCGUCGUCAACAACGUUCCAACGCCAGUCUACCGAACCGUCACCAACACCCAAACCAUUACACUGCCUCCACCUCCACAACAAUACCAAACUAUCUACUCCACCGUAACCUUGCCCGGUCGAGAUCAAAUCAUAACCAAUUACGCCACGACAACCCUCCGCGACGUCCAAUACAUCACUCGUACGGUAACCAACACUAUUCCUGGAGUGCAGUACGAUGCCCAAACCAUCUACUCAACUGUAACUCUUCCGGCGGUUACCAAAACAUUCUGUGGACCCACAAACACCUAUCUCCCUGCAGCGGAGGAUAACGCCAUCGGUAGGAGUUACAGCGGAUUUGGAGGCUUCAAUAGACAGUACAAUCGUUUCUACUAAAUCCAUUUUCACGAUCUGUAAGCUGUAAAUAAUAUAUCCAUAAUUGUUACGACUUAAUAAGCUGCCAGUAUAUCAAUAAGGUCUUUUCGAAAUAAAAUAUGACACGUGAAACACGUUUGGUGAUAAAAAACAAAUUUCAUACCAUGUAGGGCUGAAUGCAAUCUAAUAAACGAAAUGAACGAAG